CCGAAGCGCCCCGCCCGCCGCAGAUCUGGCUCUGGCGUCUGGCUAGUACGCGACGGCCCGACCCGGCUAGCGCGCGGGCGGAGCCGUGCAGCCAGGCGGCUGCUGGCAGAUUGUGCCGACUGUGGGCCACGACAUGGACUGUCCUGUGCAGCCCGAAUUCCAGCCUCGUUGAGCCAGCCACACCAAGAACUUUGCACCAGAGAAGCCCCUCCAAGCACUAACCAUGUCUAUUAUGGACCACAGCCCCACUACAGGGGUGGUCACGGUCAUUGUCAUCCUCAUCGCCAUUGCGGCCCUGGGGGCCUUGAUCCUGGGCUGCUGGUGCUACCUGCGGCUGCAGCGCAUCAGCCAGUCGGAGGAUGAGGAGAGCAUCGUAGGUGAUGGCGAGACAAAGGAGCCCUUUCUACUGGUGCAGUACUCUGCCAAGGGGCCGUGCGUGGAAAGAAAGGCCAAGUUGAUGACCACCAGUGGCACAGAAGUGCAUGGCUGAGCUGGGCUGCGAAGGCCCUGGUUCCGUUUGCAGCCAGCCCAGAAGCACUGAGAGGGCAGAAGCAGACAUGAUGCUAUAUGAGAGGGGUUGACACUUGCUGGCAUGGUCUCUUCGGGCUUCAUCAUCGCAUGCACUGACUGCGGGUCCCGGCUGUCCUGGCCUUCCUCCUCAGCCUCCUGGUGGGGCUGCCCAUUGCAGGCAGUGGGCAGGCCUGACCUUGCUCAUGGCCCCUUAGCGCUUUUGUUACUUGAAUGUUUUAGCUGAGCCUGUUUUUGAUGGAGCUACUACUGUAAUGUGUGAACUAACCAACCUGUGAACUGUAAAUAGGCCCAGAAGCACGUGCUUAAGCCUUUUUGCUGAUUUUUAAAACUACCACAUAGAGCCCGUGGGACUGGCUUGAUGACUGUAUUCAUGGUGGGCUGAGGCAUGACCAUGGAGAGUCUUUGACUGGUCAGACCCCAGGUGCCCUUGGCAGGGCUCACUAAGGUCUUAUCUGUGUGUAUGGAAAGGAAGUGAAAGGCUAAGCAGCUGGGGUGCUUGGGUGAUUUCUGCUUGGUUAGUAAUGGGUAGAAGAAAGACCACACCCCUUCCCUUUGAUCGCUUCAGCUUUGUUAAAUAGCAGUGUGUGCAGAUGGCAGUCACUGCAAGGAAGCUGCUGUACUUGUUUGGAAGCCUGUGACGGACAGACGGAUGGACGAGUCCCCGUUGAGUCCCGAGGGCUGCCAGGCAGUUUAGCGGAGCAGUCUCUUGCCCUUUGUUCAUGAGCAUGCCCAGCACAUCCCUUCAGCACAGGCCUUGCAGAAACUGCUCUGGUCCUCUGGAAACACCAGAGCCUAUGGUGGCUACUUGAAGUCUGAAACCCAGUUGGCCCAAGCAAGCAACGUUUUGUUUUUGUAUUUAAUAUUUUCUGCACUGGAGUGGGGGUGGGGGAUAGGGUCGACUGUUUUCCUCCCACCUCUUCACAAGUGAGUUUCCUUUCCUCUCCAGUGACUGCCACUGGCUGGGUACUGGGUUUCACUUUGAUCCUCAGAGCUUUGUAGACAGAGCUCCCUGACCCAGUUGUAAAGGCACUAUGUGUCAAAGAAGAUCAUUUCUAGUGUGCAUGUAUGCAUUUACAGCAGAGUCACCAGGAGUUCAAAUUCAGGGCCUGGCUCAUAGGUCAGGGAGCCAGAAGCAUGUGUCUCCCAGAUAUCCUUUAAGUCCACGCCUAUAAGCUUAGAUGUUAUCCACCACUCUAAGUGUAUUCUAAACCAUUCUGAUUAAAACAUAAGUGUGUUCACAUCCUUGGUGAUGACUAGGUGGCCAGCCCUGGCUUGCGUGGCACACUGGAGAGCAGCAUGGGCUGGAGACAGCUUUAAAGUGUGUGAAACUAAUCCAUUCUCUGGAAACCCAAGGGGGGAGUUGUAGGGAACACUUCUUUUUAGCAGUGUAUGCCUGCAAAGAGAGCUGUGGUCAAAUAUUAAGUUGAGGAGAGACAGCUAUAGGGAAGGCUAUUUGUGAAGGUAGGAAUAAGACACUUCUGGUGGGCUGCUGCAAUAAGAACACCUUAAGAAACUCCUGGAUCCUGGAAGAGGUAGUAACGGGUGGACUGGCCAUGGGCAGAGGCUGCUUAGGCUGGCUUGGAUGCGUGUUGGACCUGGAAGCGGUGUCUCUUCAGGCUAGGAGGGGAACAGGAGGUAUGAGAGGAAUCUGCCCUGGAGCUGGCAGAGGCUGAGGGUUUUGACCCAUCCCCACCCCACUUCCAGCUUUCUACCUCUAAUUCCCCUUGCAGCCAGCAGCCUAUACACUGCUGAUCUUUUCGCUCCACCAUCCAUUGAUCCAAGAACAUCGUGGAUCUAUGCUUUCGGUGUGAGCCUGGCUCCUAGAAAUGCUCAAAUCACUCCACUGUCAGACACAGGUUGCAGCUUUCACUAUGCCAAUGACAUUUUUCUUUUUUUCAGACACCACAUUCUUUUUUUUUUUUUUUUUUUUUGGUUUUACGAGACAGGGUUUCUCUGUAUUGUUUUGGAGGCUGUUGGUCAGACACCACAUUCUUAUCAGUUAUACUUUUGGGGUGCUUCCUGUCUCCUCCCCAGUUGCCAGUGAUGUCUUGGCUUUUGAGUCAGCCCCUCAAGAGUGGGAUGAAUUGCUGAUUAAGUUCAGGCACUGUGGGGCGCUGGUAGAGGUCUUAGGGAGAAAAAUGAGACACCUAUAGAACUAGUGAACUGUCCUUGUUUAUCUCUGGCUGUACACCAGGGCAUACACUCCACAGUUAAUAAACUCUGACCUCUUCAGAUGCUUUCUCAAUAGUGCAACCUUUGUGGUGAGGUCUUCUGGUGAGUAAGAAGCCAGCCUCUCAUCCUGGGCAGGAACCCGGAGGCUCAGCCACUGAAGCAAGGACUGACUUUCCUAGAUAAAUCUUCAAAUGGACUGUGCUAAUGUUAUGUCUCAAGCUACCAAGUUUGUGCAAUAAGUGGGAAGGGAAGGGAUGGCAUUCCUGAUCAAUAAUGCUGAAUGACAUUCACGUUCAUUUUCUAGACCACUGAGAAAAAUCUUUAUUUACAAUAAAUUUCAAUAAAAUUUGCAUAAAUAUA